AUGACAAUAAACAAAGCACAAGGACAAACCCUUGAUACAGUUGGUGUUUAUUUGCCGGAGCCAGUUUUCUCCCACGGCCAGCUUUAUGUGGCAUUAUCACGAGCAACAACAGCAGAAAAAAUUAAAGUCCACCUCGGGCAUUCAGAAAUUGAUCCGUCGGCGUACUACUGCAUGAAGAAUGUUGUCUACAAAGAACUUUUACAGGAAGCUAACUCUGUUUUUACUCAGGUACCAAUGGCUCCUAACAUUUUGCCACUCAAAGACAUCAAUCUUAACUCAAAGAACUACACGAUCCAUGCAAUUGUUGUUGAAAAGAACAUGCCAAAGACAUCAAGCAAGAGUUCUUCACUGUACCAGCGAUUGGAGUUGCAGGACAUACAGGGCACACGAAUUCAGGCAACAAUUUUUGGCAACAACAUCAAAAUCCUAGAGAAUACACUUGAGCUGUACCAUACGUACUCCAUAAGCAAUGCUGCUGUCACCGCAACAGUUGAACAGUUUCGCUUUCUUGAACAAAAGUGCCAGCUUACUAUCAGUGCGCGUUCACCGGUUGAAAGCAAAAAGAUUGAUGGCCUGACGCAAAGAUCAAUUAGAUUCAACUUUACUCCUCUUGCUCACCUUAACCAAAUCAAAGAUCCAGAUCCCAACUUAGACAUCCUAUUUGCCAUUCUAGAGAUUGGCCCAUGCAAACCAGCUAAUCACUCACGUGUUACAGAUAUUCUCAUCGUAGACCAAAGCCUUCAGCCAACAAUCAUGUCGCUAUGGGAUCAAUUCAGUGACAACGAAGCCCCAGCAAUGGCGACUUUGCGUGGAACUUUUCCAGUUGCAAUUGCACACAGACUCAAAACGUCGUCAUACUACAGUAAUAUUGACUUUCUCCAUAUAGCAUCAUCCUUGACUCAAAUAUGCAUUUGCUUAGAUUCAUCCUUGUAUUUAGGUAUGACCCUUGCCACCAAAGUCACGUCAGGAUUUACCUUUAACUCACAGAUACCAGAAGCCCUGGAGCUACAAUCAUGGUGUGUUGUCAAUGCUGACAAAGUCAGGCAGUUACCAUCACUAGCAGCAAUGUACACUCUGCUCGCCAGAUCAGCUGCGGCGCCGUCGUCACAUUCAAUCAAUAUUAUUGACCUUCCCUCCACAGUGGAGAAGGUGCAGCUCAUAAAUGUCAAAGGCAUAGCUAAGGUCACUAAUUUCAAUCAGCGGUUCCACUAUCUAUCUUGUUCGAUCUGCACCAGAGCAUCAAAUGCAUACGAAGAUGCAGAGCUUUGGUGCAAUUAUUGUGCGCGUCGCGUUCCAGCGCUACCAAGGAUCAAAUUCACCAUCAACAUCACUGAUCCAACGGCAACAAUUGAUGCUACAGUCUUUCCUGAGGUUGCUGAACAAAUCUAUGGCAUUACUGGGUCUAACAUAACAAUGGACACUCCUGACCAACCACUUUCGCCGGAACUUCUCGACAAACUUGCAGAGCCGAAGAGAUCCGACAUCACCCUCAAGGCUUACAUGUAUGAUUACGCUGGAAUUGCUCAGUGCAGGUUUAACGUCCAUUCCAUGACCAACGAACCACCACCACAGGCAGUAGACAGCUCCAACCAAUCCCUUGCUUUGCCUCCUCCCACACCAAGUAAGGACGAAAAGCUCCACGCAGCAUCAGCAUCUUCCCAACCAAUGGAACAAAAUUCAGCCAAAAAACCCAGGCUCAACUGA